CACGGCCUCCCCACUUCAAUCCCAAACAGUCACUCUGCAAUAUACUGAUCCCGGAAAGAGAUAAGGAAUUUUCAAACGUUGUCCAAUAAGUGUCUAAUACCUGUUACUCAUCACUAUGGCUCUCGAGCUUGGUGUUCAGCGAGGCCAAUCGGCGCCGGAUCCUACUCCAACAGCCGAACCAUCUCCUCGAAGGAUGAAGGCUUGCAGAACAUGCCGUCGACAAAAGAUGCGAUGCGAGGGUAAUGUGGAGAAACCUUGCCCUCGAUGUGUCAAUUCUGGAGUGCCUUGCAUCUUCGAUAUCAUAGAAAGCAAACGCCACCAGUCUGCGGUCCCUGGUGCGCCACAUUCAAGCAUUCGUAAAAGGAAGAGAGAAUCUCUUCAAAAUGAGGUACAGGAUCUCAAGGAACAGUUGGGUAGGCUGAAAAGGUCUGCUGCGAGCAGUGGAGACCAACCCAUUGAGCCACCCCUUCAAUCGCGAGAUACGAAUUCUGGACAACCUCUAUAUGAAGCCGAAAGGGCACACACGGAACAAACAAAAGAUUACACCACCGACGAGGUUUCAAAUGAUUGCCGCCGCCGUGAUCAGUCCUCUAAUCCACAGAGCGUUGGGUCAGAGGUGUGCAGCCCAGGCUCUUAUCCAGAAGAUGCCUACCCUCGUCAUCUAGAUGCUCCCGUGAGCGCAAUCCAUCACCUCACCCCAGAAGGAUCUGCAUUCUCGACAAUGGUGUUGCAAUCUUCGGAGAAUAUCGAUGUCUUCUCACCUACCACAAAACAGACACCCAAUGAAGCAGCCCCCAGUCCAUUGCACCAGCGGGGAGGCGACCUGAUCAACAACAUAUUCGAUGAUGAAUCUGUACCACGAUUGCUUUUUUCAAUGUAUGUCCAUAACGGGAGUCCGUUUAUCCCAUUGUUCGACCCUACGGAGGACACCUUUGACGCCCUCAGGCGCCGUUCACUAUUCUGCUUAUUGUCCAUUUUAUAUGUUGUUCUUCGACAGACACAAGGGUGUCUGCCGUUGCCUGCUGAGAUUCCCAAAGACCAUCUUCGAGACCGUUGCCUAGAAGAAUGCCGACGGCUUGCUGCGCACAGUCUAUUCGGGUACACUAAAUCCCUCGAGUAUGUACAGGCAACUAUCUUGCUUGCGGCACACGCAGAGCAGACAUGGUAUGCAAUCGCUCAUGCUAGACAAAUGGCACUCGACCUGGGCUUGGACCACGCACUGGAACAGUUAGUGGAACUGAAGUUCAAUUUGGAUUCGUCUCCGGCCAUUGUACACCGAGCGCGCGAGCUAAGUCGUAAAGUACGUACCUGGGCCAUCUUGCACUACCUAGAGCGAGAACUUGCCUAUGGUACCGGCCGUGCACCUGUCACCCCAGCCUUGAACGUGGGGCUGUUGCGAAAAUUUCUUAAGCUUCCCACUUCGCAAGCUUCAGAUAUACGAUUUGUAUCCAUCAUUGAUCUAGUGCUUUUGAGGGGGCAGCUGCGAUCACGGAUUGAUGGUGCAGCAUCAUUCUAUUCUACCCAUGUCCAGAUCAUGACCGAAAUUGGAGAGACAACUGAGAAUUGGUACCAAUGCUGGGAUAGAGUCCUUCAGUCAUAUGGCGAAGACGCACAAUCCUUCCAGCGAAGUAGCUUGAAAGUACAAAGAAAUUUUGCAGCUAUCAAUGGCAUAUGCUGUGUUCUGAAAAGAUUAGAACAUGACGUGAAACGGUCAUCGUCGGCGAAGGAAUCCAUAGCUUCUGCCAUCGGGAAUGUGGUAGGCUGCAUACUGGACCACAUUAUCGAACAGUUUGAAGUUAUACAGGAGUCUCCGGCAUAUAAGUGGCACUUCAGAUGGGCCCCUACAUAUUCAGCUAUGAUGCUGGCAUUUAUCCAAUUCCUUUCACUCCAACUACUACAGAGGUAUCCUCAAACUGAUAAGAAAGAUCCUCUCAUUCGCCACAUCAGCUCUUCUCUAUUUCUGCUUCAGACCCAUCCCUAUCAGGCACUUGUUGAUAGUGUGCUUCGAGCACUAAAGCCGCUGCCUAACUCCAACCUUACAUUGCCUAACGGCGAGGCUAUCAAUAUAGACACUCUCACUAGCAGGAGUGCCUUUGAGCCUAAUGCACUUGGUGCAGGUGUCCAGGCUACAAUGGAUGAUCAAUCGUUGUACAUGACGGAGCCUGAGGCGUUCAACUUUUUCAGCGGUCCGGCUUUGAUCGACGACUGGUCAUUUCUUGAACAAGAAAUCAUGCCUUUCGUGAACCCAAUGUAGCAAGGGUGGCGUAGUGGUAAAUGGUGCCUAAAAGUUUCAAAAUCUGAAUACUUUCACGCGGAUCACUAAAUGAGUAACUUGAUGCAAUGAUUUAUUUCUUGCUAGCUACCAGGAGAAAACUGACUUUUCUCAAUUAAUCUGCGCU